AUUGAACAUCUUGCCUUUUGGUCGUGAACAAAAAUAGAGAUGAAAUUUCCAAUAGAAAACCCAAGGAAACAAGUUAACUGGGACCCGGAACAAGAGUUGCAUCAUUGUAGACAACAGACCCCGCCCAUGUCUCUGAGGCACUCCCAAUUCUCCAGUCUGAGAGAGCCUGGCAUGGUGAAGUCGAGUCUAGUCCAGGCUAGCGUUGCCACCAUGCAGAAUCCGAUGGGCUAUGACCCUAAGACCAGCGGACACUGUGCACUGCCGCGCCUGUCCAUUUCCUCCCGCUCUGCCAGCGUGGUAGCCAGCAUGGACACCAGCUGGGACGGCUCAGCUGCUGCGCUCCACUCUGUAAUGAAGUGGAAGACAGUGCUUGCAGUGUUUGUCGUGGUUGUUCUCUACCUGGUUUGUGGAGGUCUGGCUUUCAGGGCACUGGAGCAGCCAUUUGAGAGCAUCCAGAAGACCAGCAUCACCCUGGAGAAGGCUUCUUUCCUAGGAGUGCAUGUGUGUGUGUUACCACAAUGUAAAAAUACUCUGUUGCAACAUGCAAUAGAUGCUGUGAGUGCAGGAGUGAGCCCUAUUGGAGACACAUCCUACAACUCCAGUUACUGGGACCUGGGCAGUGCAUUCUUCUUUGCCGGAACUGUCAUCACAACCAUAGGUUAUGGUAACAUAGCUCCAAGCACGGAAGGUGGGAAAAUCUUUUGCAUUCUUUAUGCCAUAUUUGGCAUCCCUCUCUUUGGCUUCUUGCUGGCGGGGAUUGGAGACCAGCUGGGAACUAUCUUUGGGAAAAGCAUCUUGAGAGUUGAGAAGAUAUUCAGGCAAAAACACAAACAGAUCAGCCAAACGAAGAUAAGAGUGACGUCCACCAUCCUGUUCAUCUUGGCUGGCUGCAUUGUCUUUGUUACUAUCCCUGCUGUCAUCUUCAAAUACAUUGAGGGCUGGACCACACUGGAGGCCAUCUACUUUGUUGUGAUCACUCUCACCACAGUGGGAAUAGGAGACUAUGUGGCAGGUGGAAACCGUAGAAUUAAGUACAAGAACUGGUACAAGCCACUGGUGUGGUUCUGGAUCUUGGUGGGUUUGGCGUACUUUGCAGCCGUCCUCAGCAUGAUUGGAGACUGGCUGCGAGUGCUGUCUAAAAAAACCAGAGAGGAGGUUGGGGAGUUCAAAGCUCAUGCAGCUGAAUGGAAGGCAAAUGUACGAGCUGAGUUCCGUGAAACUCGACGCCGCCUGAGUGUUGAAAUCCAUGACAAGCUCCAGCGGGCCGCCACCAUCCGCAGCAUGGAGCGCCGUCAGCUCGGCCUGGAGCAGCGAGCUCACUCCCUGGAUAUGCUGUCUCCAGAGAAGCGGGCCAUGUUUGCUAGCCUGGAUGCUGGACGUUUCAAGACUUCCUCCCAGGAGAGCAUCGACACCAAGCUGAACAACCUGAGGCUGAAAGGGGCCUGUGAGCCGUACGAUCAUCAGGGGAGUGAGCAAGCGCAACAGACAGCUUCUUCUUCAGAGGAGAAUCUCUUCAACCUACGUUUUGGAUCACUCACCAAGUUGGCCAGACGCAACAAGAACCGUGAGCUGAGGAGGAACAUUCCUGAAGAUGUGCGACGGGCAAGCAUAGGCAUAAACAAUGGUAGUACCAUGUUGGGGGAAGAGAGGGCAGAGGAAGAAGGGGAUGGGGACCCAGGUGAGGAAACUGGGGAAAGGAAAGAGGGAAACACCAGUUUGACAAACCUGUCACAGUAUGCAGUGGAACACACCAAGAUGAAUGGGUACAUACCAGCACAGGUCAAAGAUAAAGAGAGCAACUAGGUAUGGAAAGGAAGAGCAUUCCAGCCACAGACAAGCAGAGAGAUGUAGACUGCAAGGGCAGAGAGUGAAAGGCACUCACUCAGAUUCAGAACAAGAGUGCACGGUCCUUUGAGAUGUCAAAAAUGUGCCUUUCCGUUUCCUAUGCUUAUUUGGAACUGGUCCCAGGAAAUUCAGUCAUUGUGCCAUAGCCAUGGGAAGAAAAUGUGUUGCCAAAAAUGAAUAAAGAGAGAAGAUGUAGUUAAAAUACCUCACUACGGAUGUUACUGUACAAUAGGCUACUAAAACAUGUUCAUUUCUUCUGAACUGUCUUUCCAGCUUUGUUGUCUUUUUAGCCCUUGUGGUUCCAAUGAUGCACUCAGGCAACAACCUCAUGUUGAAUCUUAUUUUUUAACAAUGUGACCAGGACAUGCAUAAAGCUAAAUUCAUAUCAUCCAUCUUCAAAAACACUAUCAAUCUUCGCUUUGUCUUCUCAUACUGUGGGGGCCUUUUUUUUUAGCUCAACAGCCUGCUACUAAAAGGACUUCAACUUUGAAUGAAUGGAGAGUGGGAUGUUGUGUUUCCACUGGAUCAAUAGACAAUCUAAAUAUUUGUCCAGCUGACAUGUACAAUUAGUCCUACAGGAUAUGUGACUUUGAAAAUGUAGCCUUACGGUAUAAACUACUUCAUACAGUGAAUGAGCUCAUAAGAAAGAAACUAUUCACCUUGAUUGUGCAUGGUUAUUAAAGCGCAACAAUAGACAGCCAUACACCGACUUAAAGGCUUGAGGUUCUAUGAUAUUAAUAAAAAAAAACUAAAUUGUGCUGCUUUCAUCCAUAUUAGGUACCAUAAAAAAAAAAAAGAAAAGAACCAUCAACGAGGAAUCCCCCUGAUAAAAGACAGACAUAAUCACAUUUGGCAAUGAGAUUGUCAUCAAUGUUUUGAACUGUUUUAUUUUGCAUAUGACAUUCACCUUGUCACAUGUCUUGACUGUGAUGCUAUUGAUUUUCUAUUCACCAAGCACGUUUGCGUCUAUGUUUAACCCUGUUUUUUAAUCAACAAAGCAUUUUGUUCAGAUUUUCCACUGGCCUGUAUAAUAUGACCUCAAUAUAUCAUACUUUGGUUUUGUUUCUUUUCUAAAACACAUCCUGAAGUUCCUCAAGGUUUACUCACUGAAAUGUUUGGCACAUGAACAUUUCAGCUUCACUUGCAUUUUAGGAACUGACACACUGCCUACUUUAAAUUUCACUGAAUUAUCAAAUGUAUCCCUGGAGUGCAUUGCAUGAAUCUAUAAGGUGACUUACACACACACUGGUUGUGCUUGUAACUUGUUUAUCUGAUAUGAAUAGCAUUAACCUUUCCAUGACCACGAUCACAUGAACAGAUUAAAUAUAGUGAGUGCCUUUUUCCAAAUAAUAAACACAACAGAACACAUUCAAAAUGCGGUAAUCGUUAUAUUAAUGACUCCAUUAGCAUAUUAGCUCAGUAUAUCCAUGUGGUCUUGCAAGGUAUAUUGGGAAAGCAUUGCUUUUGUGAAGGCAGUGCAACAAAAUUAUUUGCCAGAAUUAAAGCCAUCAUAGACCUUCUUCACUGCAGACAAUGUGACUUUACCAGUUGUAUGUGACCAGUGUGCCACUCUUCCAGGACACAGGGCAACCCUGUGACUGUGUUACUUUUACACAUUUGAUUUUCUGUCCAGAAUAUGUGGGCGCAUGUAAAAGGGGCGGUUCAGUUGAAUGGUUUGAGAACAUAACUUUUCAGAUUUUGGGCCAAGCACACACUCUUCCAUUGCUAAUAAAACAUGCACAUCCUUUUAUAUUGAACACUGGUACAGCAUUGGCAGAGUUACGUCUGGUACUGUAAGUGGCCGUGUAUGUUCCCUAUAAAGCCUGUGACAUAAAAAUUGUUGUAUUUGACAUCCGAUGUAAUGAACUUAAUUUCCUGUACAACACUUUCUGGUAAACCAGUAAAUGUGAAAAUAUUCGCUGGCAUUUUAUGUAGUUAUCGAAAAUACAGUAAAUAUUACUAUGUAUUAUAUAUGCACUAAACUAUUUAAUGGUAUUAUGUGGUAAGGGAAUGAGGACAAAAACAAAACUAAAUCACGCAGAGACACACUGAAACAUCUUCUCAGUUUACUCACACACAAUAUGUCAACCACAUACUGCGCAGCCUUGAAUUUAUUUUUAUCCAUUUUCUUUUUUCACUCCUCUCUAAAAUGAAUCCUAACAAGUUUAAAAAACACAUUAUCACUGUGAAUUUGCAUUGAUGCACCUUUUGAGUAAUUAAAUGACAGAAUCCAUUAUUAUGUAACUGAUUCCUGGUGUGUUGCUGAGCAGAACCCAACGUCUCCAUCCAUGCAUGUCGAGCUCAGACUCACAGUCAUGCGUGUCAAAGUGUAUUUGGAAUCCAGGAAAAAGAGCCAGCUGACAGUGCCACGAAGGAAAUACAGCAGGGAGGCAAUUCAAUAAUGAUAGUGCUAUAAAUUACAUCUUAUGGAAAAUGGUGUGUGUGUGUGAUUCUCCUUUAAACAACCUCGACCUGCUCCGCCCCCCUCUUCUCGCUCGCUCUGUCCCUUUGCUCUGUGCCUCUUCAACACAUUAUGAAUCGACAGUGGAUUUUAUUCUCAGAUGUUUUAUAGUUUCUAAUCUAUUGUA